GGGGAACUUGUGUUCCUUCGGAGCAAUUCUACACUUCUACUGCAUAAGUUCGCUCCAUUCGGAUAAGUGGUGAGCUUCGACUAUGCACGUGCUGUAGCCUACUGGUCGAAUGGCGUGAACGAUUCGCGCAUGCCAGAUUUUCGAAUUACCACUUCCGGCAAAGGGACCGUUCUAAAUGACUCACAAUGAUAGUAGUGUCGGUGGAGAAAACGUGGACAUGAAUGUCACGUCCGAACGUUACCUUUGACUCCAACCUGAUUGGGAAGGUGGAAUGCAUAAGCACCAGGAACCGCUACCAAGCUUUUAAAUGAUGUAGAUGCCCAGACGUCUCACAACUAUUCCUGGAUCAUCUCAACCUCCACUGCAAUCAUGAUGGCGAGUCUCACAAAGGUGUCGCUGGCCGCGUUGGCCCUGUCCAGUGCAGUUUCUGCUGGCUCUCUGGCGGACAUCGACCAUGUCGUUCUCUUCAUGCAAGAAAAUCGAGCUUUCGAUCACUACUUCGGAACUAUGGCCGGAGUUCGUGGUUUCAAGGAUCCCAACGUCAAGGUCAAUGGCAACAGACCCGUCUGGUACCAACAAGUCAAUGCCAAAUUGUCCACCGCUACCGACUACCUACUGCCGUGGUACUUGAACUACCUCGGAGGAAGCUGGCAGCAAGCCACGCAAUGCAUGUCUGCGGGCUCCAACGGCUGGAGCGCAAACCAAGGCGCUUUGGCUAACGGUACCAACGAUCAAUGGGCAAUCGCAAACACUCCCUGGUCUUGGGGCCACUUUACACGCAAAGAGAUCCCUAAUCACUUUGCCAUUGCCGAAGGCUGGGCUGUUGGAGAUAUGUACGCCGAGAGCGUCAUUGCGUCAACCAACCCAAACCGUGUGACCUGGAUGUCGGGUACCAUCAAUGCUCCGGGCUCAGCACCAGGACUCGGCCAAGGCGGCAUGUAUAUCGACAAUAACAACAGCCCUGGAUGUGAAGGCACCAACUUGAACUGCUACCCGCUCAAAUGGCAGACCACUGCUGAGACUUAUGAAAAUGCAGGAGUCUCGUGGCAGGUCUACCAGGACACAGACAACUUUGACGACAAUGCUCUCGUACACUUUGAAAACUUCCAGAAAGCCGCCAAGGGAUCCAACCUGCAGAAGAAAGGACUCGCAUUCCUUGGUCUGGAACAAUUCUACAAGGAUGCCGCUGCGGGAGUUCUUCCUGCAGUGAGCAUCAUCGUUGGCCCUGCAGAGCUGUCCGAGCACCCGCCCUACCAGCCAAAGGAUGGAGGUUGGUUGCAACAACGCAUCGUCAACGCCGUCACGUCGUCUCCGAAAUACAGCAAGACCGUCCUCAUGAUCUCGUACGACGAGACCGGUGGUUGGGGCGACCACGUCCUGCCCUUCACGUCCCCCCGCGGUACCAGCGGAGAAUGGGUCAAGGACCCCUACGGCAGCAGCGACGUCCCCACGGGCCCCGGCUUCCGUCUCCCCUUCUACAUCAUCUCCCCGUGGACGCGCGGCGGAAAUGUCUUCGUCGAGCCCUCGGACCACAACUCCCAGAUCCUGUUCGUGGAGAAAUGGCUCGCAGCCAAAGGCAAGAGCGUCAAGACCAGCGCCAUGAACGCCUGGCGACGCAGCCACAUGGCCGACCUCACGCGGGCCUUCGACUUCGCCAACCCGGACUUCUCCAUCCCGAACAUGCCCAACAUCUCCUACCCGUCGACCGACAAGCCCGGCGGCCAAUGGAACGGCUACUCCGUCUGCGAGAACACCUACGCCACCCGCCGGCCCCCGGUGCCCUACGGCAAGCAGUCCCCCAACGACGCCCCGGGCCAGACCGAGGAGGGCUUCAAGAAGAUGCGCGGGAACCCCACCGAAGGCCGCUACCUGACCUUCGAAUCCAACGGCUACGCGCUGACGAACGGCGGCAGCGGCAGCCUGACCACCAGCGCAGCGACGUCCUCCCACAGCAGCAAGGCCCAGCGCUUCGUGCUGUACGCGAGCAACCCCGAUGCCAGCGUCCUGCAGCAAUUCGCCAUCGCCAGCGCCGUGGACAACAGCACCAUCAGCGGGACAUCGUUCGUGCGGAGCGGAGGGUCCUCCGCCGCUCUCUACACGAUUCGUGACUUGGGCAACGGCGCGGGAUACACCGUUCAGGCGAGUGGCGGAUCUCAGCAGUAUCUUGUCGCUGAUGGCUCGGGAAGGUUGAGUUUGAGCUCGACGGCGCCGUCGAACGGGUGGACUGUGUACAGCGUCACUUACAAUAAUUAAAAAGGGUGUUAUAGUUGGAUGAUGAUGGUGGUGGUGAUGGCAUGUGAGCUAUUGUUGUCAGGCAGAGGAAAAUAGAGGAAGGAGCAAAGAUAUGAUACAGAUGCGUAUGAUAUGUCAUGAAGCGCACAAGUUUUGUUUUUUCCAGAUUCUCCCCUUCCAUGAUGAUUAUAUAUUACCUGCUUCCCGU